AUGGAAAUGCUGAUAUUGUUAUUUCAUUCCCUGUGGAUAUUGCAGUGCAACACAGUGAGCGCCGACUCCAUCAUUCACAUUGGUGCCAUUUUCGAGGAGAAUGCGGUGCGGGAUGACGAAGUGUUCCAGCUCGCCGUGUCCGACCUCAGUCUGAGUGACGACGUCCUGCAGAGUGAAAAGAUCACACACUCUAUUAAACUCAUCGAGCCCAACAACCCUUUCCAGGCGGUGCAGGAAGCAUGCGAGCUGAUGAACCAGGGCAUCUUGGCGUUGGUGACGUCGACGGGCUGUGCAUCGGCCAGCGCGCUGCAGUCCCUGACAGACGCCAUGCACAUCCCUCACCUGUACAUCCAGAGGAACAGUGAGGGAUCGCCGCGGACCGCCUGCCAGUUCAACCCGAGCCCCGGCGGGCAGCGCUACACGCUGGCUGCCCGGCCACCGGUCCGCCUCAAUGACGUCAUGCUGACGCUGGUGGAGGAGCUGCGCUGGCAGAAGUUCAUCGUGUUCUACGACAUCGAGUAUGACAUCCGCGGACUGCAGGGUUUUUUGGAUCAGACGUCCCGCCAGGGCGUGGAUGUCGCGUUGCAGAGGGUGGACAGGAACAUCAGUAAAGUCUUCACCAACCUCUUCACCACGAUGAGGACCGAGGAGCUCAACCGCUACAGAGACACGCUACGCAGAGCCAUCCUGCUGCUCAGCCCUCAUGGGGCGCACACAUUCAUCCAGCAGGCGGUGGAAACAAAUCUGGCCUCCAAAGACAGUCACUGGGUCUUUGUGAAUGAGGAAAUCAGCGACACGGAGAUCCUGGAGCUCACCCACAGUGCACUGGGGCGCAUGACGGUGAUCCGGCAGAUCUUCCCCAUGUGGAAGGACAGCAGCACCCGCUGUAUGAGACACAACCACCGCAUCUCCUCGCUGCUGUGUGACCCGCAGGAAGGAUACCUGCAGAACCUGGAGGUGUCCAACCUCUACCUGUACGACAGCGUGCUGAUGCUGGCCAACGCCUUCUACAGGAAGUUGGAGGACAGGAAGUGGCACAGUAUGGCCAGUCUCAACUGCAUCCGGAAGUCCACCAAGCCCUGGAACGGAGGCUGGUCCAUGCUGGAGACCAUCCAGAAGGGCAACAUCACAGGUCUGACAGGUACGAUGGAUUUUAAGGACAGCGGCUCCAACUCCCACGUCCAGUUUGAGAUCCUCGGCUCCAGCUUCAGCGAGACCUUCGGCAAGGACAUCAAGAGGCUCGCUACGUGGGACUCAGUUCACGGACUGAACGGCAGCCUGAAGGAGAGUCGAAUAGAGAACGGCAUGCAGGGCGUGACGGUCAAAGUGGUCACUCUACUGGAGGAUCCUUUUGUCAUGGUGGCAGAGAACAUCCUGGGGCAGCCCAAGAGGUAUAAAGGCUUCUCCAUCGACGUCCUGGACGCCCUCGCCAAAAUCCUGGGCUUCAAAUAUGAGAUCUACCAGGUGGCAGACAGUAAAUAUGGAUCUCAGCUUCCCAAUGGCUCAUGGAACGGCAUGAUUGGUGAUCUCAUCAACAAGAGAGCAGACCUGGCGGUGUCAGCCAUCACCAUCACACCAGAGAGGGAGAACGUCGUCGACUUCAGCAAACGUUACCUGGACUACAGCGUCGGCAUCCUGCUGCGAAAGCCCGAAGAAAAGAUCAACAUCUUCUCUCUCUUCGCGCCCUUCGACCUCGCUGUCUGGGCGUGUAUUGCCGCAGCGAUCCCUGUGGUGGGGGUGCUUAUCUUCCUGCUCAACAGGCUGCAGGCGCUGCGCUCGUCCUCCGCCCAGAAUCCACCACCAGGCCAGCCGUCCAGCGGCAUGGGGUCGGGCACUCUGCACAGCGCCAUCUGGAUCGUCUAUGGAGCAUUUGUGCAGCAAGGCGGGGAUGGUGUGGUGGGUUCGGUGGCUCUGAGGAUCGUCAUGGGCAGCUGGUGGCUCUUCACGCUCAUCGUGUGUUCAUCGUACACCGCAAACCUGGCAGCGUACCUCACCGUGUCACGCAUGGACCACGCUAUAUGGUCUUUCCAGGACCUGGCGCGGCAGAUCGAUGUGGAUUACGGCACAGUGAGGGACUCGGCGGUGUACGACUACUUCAGGAACAAAGGCACCAACCCGCUGGAGCAGGACAGCACCUACGCGGAGCUGUGGAGGACAAUCAGCAAGAACAACGGCAUGGACUACUCUGUGUCCAGCCCAUCUGAGGGCAUACGCAAGGCGAAGAAGAGUCCCUACGCCUUUCUGUGGGACAUGGCGGUGCUGGAGUACGCAGCCCUGACGGACGACGACUGCACCAUCACUGUGUCAGGAAACAGCAUGAGCAGUAAAGGCUACGGCAUCGCCAUGCAGCACGGCAGCCCCUACAGGGACCUCUUCUCGCAGAAGAUCUUGGAGCUGCAGGAGAAAGGCGACCUGGACAUCAUGAAGCAGAAGUGGUGGCCUCGCGCCGGCCGCUGCGACCUCAACAGCCACGCCGGCGCCCACCCCGACGGCCGCUCCCUCAAAUUGCACAGCUUCGCCGGCGUCUUCUGCAUCCUGGCCACCGGCCUGCUGCUGGCCUGCCUGGUGGCCGGGCUGGAGGCUUGGUGGAACAGCAACCGCUGCCGCCAGGAGCAGCCCAAAGAGGACAAGGAGGUGAAUCUGGAACAGGUGCAUCGUCGUAUGAACAGUCUUUUGGACGAGGACUUGGCCCACAAGCAGAUCCCCGGCCCCUCUAUCGAGAUCUCUGCGCUGGACAUCGGCAGCAUGCAGCCCAGCCAGGCCUCUCUGGUGCCGGGGCCGGAGUCCGUGCGGGACUACCCACCCUCGGGCCUCGCUGUGACCACCUUCCUCCCAGGGAGGGCGCCACCUCCUCCUCUUCCCCACCCUCACCAUGGGGGGACCCUAGGCAGGACGCUACCCCCGUCCCAGGGCCCUGGCAGCACCACGUUGCCUCCGCACCACCCGCUCAGCAGCACCAGCCUCAGCGGCACCAUGCAGUGCAAACACAGGGCUCCCAACGGGGGGCUCUUCCGGCAGAGCCCUGGCAAGACACCCAUGCCAAUGUCCUACCAGGCAGUCUCCGCAGGACCCAUACCCGAAGCCAUUGAGGCCACCCACAGUACAUCCAUAUAG